UCUGUCCCCGACCUCAACCACGACGGCUUCAACGACGCCGUGGUGGGGGCCCCGCUGGAGGACGGGCACCGCGGCGCCGUCUACGUCUACCACGGCGCCCCCGGCACCCUCCUGCCCCACUACAAGCAGCGCAUCGAGGCGGCGGCGCUGGGCCGGGGGGGGCUCCUGUACUUCGGGCGCAGCCUGGACGCGCGGCUCGACCUGGACGGCGACGGGCUGGUGGACCUGGCCGUGGGGGCGCAGGGGGCGGCCGUGCUGCUGCGCUCCCGGCAGAUCGUCCAGGUCAACACCACGCUGUCGGUGGAGCCCCCGGCCAUCAACGUCAUCCAGAAGAACUGCCGGCGUGGCGGCGUCGGCGCCGUCUGCCUGCGGGCCAGGGUCUGCUUCCGCGCCGCCACCCGGGCACGGGGACAGCGGGACAGGGACAUCGAGCUCCGGUACAACGUGUCCCUGGAGGAGCGGGCGGGGGGGGCCCGGGCCGCCUUCGACUCGGGCGCCCGGCGGCUGCUGCAGCGGCGCGCGGAGCUCUCGCUGGGCAGGCAGAGCUGCCUCCGCUUCCCCUUCCACGUCCUGGACACCACGGAUUACCUGCGGCCCCUCAGCUUCACCGUGCGGCUGGCGCUGGCUGACCCCGGGGGCCCGGUGCUGGAUGAGAAGUCCCCCAGCACCGUCCGCAAGCUGAUCCCCUUCUUCAAGGACUGCGGGGAGGACGACGAGUGCCUCGCGGACCUGGUGCUGCGCGCCACCAUGGACAUCGCCGGGGACGGGCAGAGCCCCCACGUCCUGCGCAAGGGCAGGAGGAAGGCGGUGCUGGACGUGGUGCUGGAGAACAAGGGCGAGAACGCCUACAACGCCAGCCUGCUCCUGCGCUUCUCCGGCAACCUGCUCUUCUCCAGCCUCGUGCUCCAGGACACAAGCCCGGUGAAGCUGGAGUGCACCGCGCUGGGGGGCCACCGCCGGCUCUGCAGCAUCAGCUACCCCGUCUUCCGCUCGAUGGCCAAGGUCUCUUUCGCGCUGGAGUUCGAGUUCAGCUGCUCGGUGCUGCUCGGCCGAGCGGAGGUCAGCCUGGAGGCCACCAGCGACAGCGCCGAGGCCACGCCACAGGACAACGGGGUCCAAAUCUCCGCUCCCAUCCGCUACGAGCCCGACCUCUUCCUCUCCAGCGAGGCCAACCUGCACCGCUACGAGGUGCACCCGCUCGGCACCUUCCCCCACGGCCCCGGGCCCGAAUUCAAGACCACGGUGAAGGUGCAAAACCUGGGCUGCUACCCGGUGCGCAACCUCACCCUGCGCAUGGCCCUGCCGGCCCUCGGCUACCGCCGCGCCGCCUUCCUCUCCGUCACCCGCAUCCUCGCCGACAACGCCACGUGCGAGCUGCACGGCCCCGCUCAGGAGCCACGCAGGGGGGGUCCAGCCCCCGUGGUCCCCGUGCACCCCGAAGACCUGCUGCGCGUGGACAGGCUGGACUGCAGCAACGCCUGGUGCCAGGAGCUGAGCUGCGCCCUGGGGCGGCUGGAGCGCGGCGGCGAGGUCUCCGUCCACGUCCUGCGCGCCAUCCACAACGACUUCUUCCGCGCGGCUAAAUUCCGGAGCGUGAGGAUCGUCAGCACGGCUGCGCUGGGGGUCCCGGGGGGCAGCGCGCUGGUGCUGGGGGAGGCGGCUCAGCGCAGGGAGACGGUGCUUGAAAUCAUCCAGGCCAAGCGGGUGCCCAUCUCCCUGUGGAUCCUGGUGGGCAGCAUCCUGGGGGGGCUGCUCCUGCUGGCGCUCAUCAUCUUCUGCCUGUGGAGGCUCGGCUUCUUCACCCGCAAGAAGCUCCCGGAGGAGAAGGAGGAGAAGGAGGAGCAGUGAUCCGUGGCGGCCCCGCGCUUCCCGGCUCUCUCCAGCCCCAGCGGCCCCCCGAGCCCGGCACCAUGGGGAGGGGACGGGUCCCUUCCCCGUCCCCGGGGACAGCUGGGGGGCUCGGGACUCCGCCACCUCCCCCCAGUUUUGGUUCCACCGUGGCCGAGGGCGAUGCCGGUGCCGGGUUGUGCUGGCGCGGACGCAGCCAGGUGAGGUUGGGGCCGGCGCCGCGGCGCAGGAGACGCGGGCUCGGCCCGGAGGAGACGCGGGGGCGACGGCGCAGACGGGGACGGACGUGGGGCGACCACCGAAAAAAAGCGGCCCCACCAAUAAAGCUCGGCCCCGUGGAGGUGCUCCCGCGUGUGCGACCCGCCGGCGCUCUGCCCUGCCUGGGGGGGUUCAGAAAUGGGAGCCCCAAAAGGCUCCGGUGCCACACCAUGAUUUAUAAAGGGGAGGGAGCCGUGCGCGGCCCCCCCGGUGCCCCAAAUCCCCCCGCUGAGGUCUCUCGGCGCUGCCCUGAGGUUCCCAGGAUAGCCAAGGGAGGAAAUCCUCCACUUCGGGCCCUUUCCAAGCCUUGGGGGCGCAGGAGGGGACCCAGAACAGACCCCAAAGGGGUCACUGGGGGGCUGUGGCAUCCCAAAACCUCCCCCUGCCCGCACAGGGCUCUUUAGGGGAGCACAAAACGCUAAAGAAGGGGGAAAAAGCAACGAGAGAAAGCUGGGAAGGGAAACGUUCAGCCCGGGUGCUGGCUGCAGCUGAAGUUUUUCCCUUUUUUUGCCGACAACUGCCGGGGCUGAGCCAGGAACUGGCUCCCGAAGAGGAUCCUGCCACGGAGCGGGGAUGCUCCUGGCCCCAAAACCACGAGGAGCAGGGGGAGAGGUGCAGGGGGGGGGCGUCUCCUUCCCCCAAACCCCGAUGCAAGGGAGGGACCCUGGGGGCACCAAGUCCCCAGCAAGGAACAUCGGGUUCCUGACACUCAACCUCAGCCCCCUCCAACCUUGGGGGACACGGUGGGUGCCUCACAAUGGCCACCCUGCCCCUGGCCACCGCUCCCCCAGCCAUGCUGGGGCGCAGCUGCUGCCACCCCGGGCCUGAAGGAGAACCGAUCUGCCCAGAAAACCCCUUUACGGACACCCCACGAGCUCAUUUCCAUCCCCGUUAGUCCUCCGCCAGCCUCCCCGGCCCCUCGGCCACCUCCUCCCGCCCCAACAACCUUCUCAAGGUCCGCUCUUCUUUAUAAAGGCCUUUAUUUGACUUCAUAGCAAACAGAACACUGGUUUAAAUCGAGUGUACGUAGUACACCGUCACAGCAACGAAGGGGCGACGUGUUGGGGCGCGACCUCCCUCUCCCCGCCAGGCCGAGCGGGGAUUGAGCGGCGCCACGCGGCUCAGACGGCGCCGGGGCGAUAAAAACGAGGAGUGGGACGCGGGUGAGGUGUUACAGAAGUGGAAAAGAAAUAAAA